AACCAAAUAAGAGAGUAAAGAAGUCGUCGUCGUUUGUUUCAUUUCUCUGUCUCUUUUUGUUUCUUAACUCUCCCCGGAUCUCUCGGCCGAUAUUGUGAAAAACUAUUAAGAUCUGAAAAGUGAACAAUGAGUCGCCACCACGAUCCCAAUCCCUUCAACGAGGAAGAAGAAGAAGAAGAAAUUGUCAAUCCCUUCUUGAAAGGAGCUGGUGGCGUUGGAAGGGUUCCUGCGUCAUCUAGGCCACUUGGAUUUGGCAGUAACCUUUAUUCUACCGUCCAUAUACCAUUGGAUAGGGUGAAUGACUCUAAACAGAUAGAGCUUUCUGAUUGGGAAGCACAACUUAGGAACAGAGAAAUGGAUGUUAAACGAAGAGAAAAUGCUAUUUCUAAGUCUGGUGUGCAGAUAAACGAUAAAAAUUGGCCGUCCUUUUUCCCAAUUAUACACCACAACGAGAUACCACUUCAUGCACAAAAACUGCAGUACCUGGCUUUUGCUAGUUGGUUAGGUCUAGUUUUCUGUCUCAUAUUCAAUGUCAUCGCAGUAAUAGUCUGCUGGAUUGAAGGCGCAGGUGGUUAUAUCUUUUUUCUUGCCACAAUCUAUGCGUUUCUUGGAUGUCCAGUUUCAUAUGUCUUAUGGUACAAGCCUCUCUACCUAGCAAUGAGGACUGACAGUGCUUUGAAGUUCGGUUGGUUCUUUUUCUUCUACCUGAUUCACAUUGGCUUCUGCAUAUUUGCUGCCAUUGCUCCUCCUAUCAUUUUCGAUGGACAAUCAUUAACGGGUGUACUAGCAGCAAUAGAUGUAAUCUCUGCCAGUUUAUUAGCCGGAAUCUUCUACUUUGCCGGCUUUGGUUUCUUCUGCAUGGAGUCACUUCUGAGUCUGUGGGUUCUCCAGAAAACAUACCUCUUCUUCAGAGGAAACAAGGAUACAACAAUGCAAAUACUAGAGCAAUACAGUACUCUCAAAAUACCACCCUUUUAGAAGGUUUGAUUAUACCACCUUACAACUAAUGUAAUUACCAUUGUGUCAUUGUCUGCGAUUAAACUCUGUUGUGUAGUGUUGUGUGUAAGUAGUCGUAGUGGCAAAAGAGAUAAUGUGUUCUAUUACGUUUAUGAUUCAACAUUUUGGGGG